AUGCGCCCUCUGCACUUAGCGCUUCCAGUACGAGCGGCUGUUCGCUCCUUCACAACGCACUGGGCGCCUCCUCCUCGCAUCGUCUCGCUACCUUCCCCGGCGAUUCCACCGUCCCCAAUCCUGCGCCAUCAUGCGGUGUGUCCACGACGGCCAUUCUCUCGCACUGCGUGCCGCCGAAACGAGUGGCGCGAUCCGCGUCGCCACGACCCGCACGAGCACCUCCGUCAAGCCAAGCCCCUGUUCACCUCCCAGGGCUUCAAAAGAUUCAUCCGGUCUCCAAGUCUACAUACCGUGAUCGUAGUGUCGAUGGGCGGGGCCAUCCUCUUCUAUUUCUCGAAUAUUCAGACAGUGCCUGUGUCGGGGAGACGGCGUUUCAACUGCUACAGCGAAGCCAAGGUGAAUGUGACGGCCGAGGCGCAGGCGAAGCGGAUAGAAUGGGAGCUCGAGCGCGCCGGCAGGCGGAUCCUCGACGACUGGGACUGGAGGACGAGGCUCGUCAGACAGGUUAUGCAGCGCUUGAUUCCCGUCAGCGGCAUGGAGGACUCACAGUGGGAGAUCAAGGUCAUUGAUGACCCCCAUACGGCUAACGCCUUCGUUCUACCCGGCGGAAAAGUGUUCGUGUUCAGUGGGUUGAUUCCGAUCGCGCGUAACGAGCAUGGCCUGGCAGCUGUGUUGGGUCACGAGAUCGCGCACAACCUUGCAGAACACGUCGGCGAACGAAUGUCUUCGCAGCUGGGCGCUAAUAUCCUUCUGUACUCGCUCAUUACCUUGACGGGCGGCUUUGGGAUCCUCGUCACGUCGUGGAUUGGAAACGCCAUGCUCGAUCUGGUUUUCUCACGCCCUAUGGGCCGACGCCAGGAGGCUGAGGCUGAUUAUAUCGGUCUUAUGAUGAUGGCUGAGGCAUGCUAUGACCCACGCGAGGCUCUCGGCUUCUGGGAGCGCAUGAAGAGGAUGAGCGAGCAGGAACCGCCUGAGUGGAUGAGCACUCACCCUUCGCAUAGCAAUAGGAUACAGAAGAUACAAGAGUGGAUGCCGAAGGCCUUGGAAAAGCUGCAGGAAAGCGAUUGCCAAGGGACUGCAGGAUUCGCCAGCUUGUUCAGACAAGCUUUGCUGGGACGAAACUAUAUGGAGAAACGGCACGACAUAUAG